ACGAGAUCACCUUUCUUUGUUCAUCCCCAACCCGAAGUCUUUAUCACUGCUCCCAAUACGCGAAGGCCGCCUGUCUGCAUCCGAAUAAUUGAUGGAAAACCCCUCUGUCCCUUCCACUCACCAUCUCGGGUCAUCACACUCGACGGCACCCCAUGGCCCAGGAGGCAUACCUUCCGCCGAUGACAGUGGCAAUGUCGACGACCCGCCGCCUAUACCGAGCGCGGGCUCGAGCAGGGAGUCUGUUCUCUUGAACGACAACGCCUUGCUCGGAGCUCGCGAUAAAAAAGCGUCCAAUUCUGUUACCACUGUCGACACUGUAGACAGUGCUCAUAUCAGCACCAUCCAAGCCCAUGCCCACGCUUUGUCCCAUACUCGUGUGGCAAGCAUCCUCGGCACCACUGUAGAGAAUGGCUUGACAGCCAGUGAAGUGAGCCGCCGUCGUGAGCAGUAUGGCUUGAAUCAACUCCAGACGGAGGGGAAAGUCAUCUGGUGGCGUAUCCUUCUUCGCCAGGUCUCCAACAGUCUUACGCUGGUUCUCGCCAUUGCUAUGAUCUUGAGCUAUGCUACUAUGGACUGGAUUGAGGGUGGUGUCAUCAGUGCAGUCAUAGUCCUCAACAUCGUAGUUGGCUUCUUCCAAGACUACAAUGCCGAAGAGACCAUUGCUUCUCUCCUCGCUAUGGCCGCGCCCACUUGUAAAGUCUUGCGUGAUCAUGGCACUUUGCAGGAGAUCAAGGCCGAGGAACUGGUUCCAGGAGACAUCGUCCAGCUCGGCGUCGGAAACGUCGUUCCUGCUGACGUCCGUCUCGCCCACAGCAUCAACUUUGCUAGCGAUGAGGCUCUACUCACUGGAGAAUCUAAGCCUGCCCCCAAAAACUCUGACUUCAUGUCCGACAGAGCUGAUGCUCCUAUUGGAGACAGGCAGAAUAUCGCAUACUCCUCGACUACAGUAACUCGAGGUCGCUCCGCUGGUAUCGUUGUUGCCACUGGCAUGAGCACCGAGAUUGGAAAAAUCGCCGCCCUUCUUCGCGAUAAGAAGCCUGUGAAGGAGGGACCAUGGAUUAUGCGCGCGGCGAAGAGGUUUUGGAAGGGUUUGAAAGGCGCUUUGGGACUGAUUGGUACUCCACUUCAAGUCAAACUGUCGUACUUUGCUCUGUUUCUCUUCGCAUUGGCCAUCCUCCUUGCCAUCAUCGUGUUCUCUGCCAACGUAUGGGAAAUCGAUGACGAAACUCUCAUCUAUGGUAUCUGUGUAGCAGUGGCCGUCAUACCAGAGAGUCUGAUCGCUGUAUUGACGAUCACGAUGGCGGUAGGCUCCAAGGCUAUGGCCAAGAGUAACGUCGUAAUUCGGAAGAUGGGUGCCCUUGAAGCUAUUGGAGGAGUCACGAACAUUUGCUCUGACAAGACAGGCACACUGACUCAGGGAAAGAUGCUUGCUCGAAAGGCAUGGCUUCCAAGUGGCCGUGUCAUCAAAGUUGAGAACGAACUGAAUCCCCUCGAUCCGACUGCAGGCACACUGAGUCUGGAAGAUCGCACGAUCCAAGGACCACAGGAAGUGGUCCAUGACAGUGAAGUCAAUAACUUCUUCCAGAUCGCUGCACUUUGCAAUGUGUCUACUGUCAAACCGCCUGCAGCCUCUGGCAGCCUAUGGACUGCGGCCGGUGAGCCUACCGAAAUAGCCCUUCAGGUCAUGGCCAUGCGUAUUGGCUGUGGCAAGCAAGAGACUCUCUCUCGAGAGAAUCUCACUAUCAAGACCGAGCAUUCGUUUGACUCUUCCGUAAAGCGCAUGACUGCCAUCUACGAUCACUCGUCGACUGGCGACCGCAAAUGCUACACCAAAGGAGCCACGGAAGUUCUCAUACCUUUGAUGAACGUCAGCAACGAAACUUCUCAGGCCAUUUUGGCUCAAGCUGAUGCCAUGGCAUCCGAAGGUCUUCGAGUGCUAUGCCUCGGUCAUCGCACGCUCGCAACGGAAGAUCGCGAGCGAUUCGCAGAUCGUACACAUAUGGAGAAGCAUCUGGAGUUUGCCGGUCUUGUUGGUAUUUACGAUCCUCCACGCAUCGAGUCCGCGGGCGCUAUCAAGCAGUGUCAAGCUGCUGGGAUAACAGUCCACAUGUUGACGGGCGAUCAUAUGAAGACAGCAACCACUAUCGCUCGCGAAAUUGGUAUUCUGGCCUCGCACGUCUCCGGUGCAGAUUCGAGCACUGCGGUCAUGACAGCGUCUGAUUUUGACAAGCUGAGCGAUGCUGAAAUUGAUCAGAUGACCUCUCUUCCCUUGGUGCUGGCCCGGUGUUCUCCAACAACAAAGCUUCGCAUGCUCGAAGCUUUGCAUCGCCAGGGCAAGUACUGCGUCAUGACUGGCGACGGAGUGAACGAUUCGCCAGCACUCAAGGGUGCAGACGUUGGUGUCGCGAUGGGCUUGAAUGGAAGUGAUGUCAGCAAGGAGGCAGCCGACAUGGUCCUCACCGACGACAACUUCGCCUCUAUUGUCUCUGCAAUUCGCGAAGGUCGGCGCCUUUUCGACAACAUUCGGAAGUUUUUGCUUCACUUGCUGAUCUCCAACAUUGCACAAGUCAUUCUACUCCUCAUCGGCCUGGCUUUCGAGGAUAGGAAUGGCGUGUCGGUCUUCCCACUCUCGCCUCUGGAGAUCCUUUUCGCCAAUCUCGUCACAUCUUCCUUCCUGGCAAUUGGUCUAGGACUCGAAGAGGCUUCUGCAGAUGUGAUGAGCCGCCCACCACACUCUCUCAAAGCCGGUGUCUUCACCAAGGAGUUGAUCAUUGACAAAUUCAUCUAUGGAACCUGUAUGGGAUCUCUCUGUCUCGCCUCUUAUGUCGUCGUCGCUUAUGGCGUGGGAAAUGGAGACCUGGGAGCAGAUUGCAAUCACGAAUACAACGAUAGCUGCGGGCUACCUUACCGAGCUCGCGGCACUGCUUACUCAAUCCUGACCGUUUUGCUCUCUGUCAUGGCUUGGGAGGCGAAGCACUUGGACCUCAGUUUGUUCAACAUGUAUCCCGACGAAGAUGCUCGAAUUGGCCUGAGUGUGUUUGGCACUCUACGCAAGAACAAAUGGUUGUUCUGGGCAGUCUUGGCCGGAAUGGUCACACCGUUUCCGGUCAUUUACAUUCCUGGCCUCAAUCGUGUCGUCUUUCGACAUGAGCCUUUGAGUUGGGAGUGGGGACUGGUCUUUGGCAGUCUCGUCAUUUUCAUCUCGCUCGUCGAGAGCUGGAAGGCAAUUAAGCGUGCUCGCAAAGCCAAAAAAGCGAGAAGAAGUGGCAUACAGGCUCCGCCGACUGAGAAGGCCGAGAAGCAAUCUGUUUGAUCGCUGAGAGCUGACGACUUGGAGAUCGGAAUCUCUCCAUCUCAUGCGAUCGUAUGAGAAACCGCACACGUGAAACAAGAAGCACUUCAACGUGGUAAUCUUGCUGCUCUGAAUUUCUAGCAAUCCUACCUACUGACACUCCUUUGGCGACCAUUGUUAUUGUUGUUGUUACUUGGCACUACAAGGUACCUCCUACACUCGCUUUGGCAUGACUUCAUGACGGACAUGAAACCUCACUUGCUUUUCUACUUUCAUCAUCACUGCGAUGACUACACGAAUAUCGACUUAUAUAGCACAUAUCUACAUAUAGUAGCCCCCCGCUUCAACAGCGAGAUAUCAACGAAAUGAUUAUUCUC